CAGUCUGCGCCUGCGCAGGCAGGUGGGACAAGAUGGCUGAGGAGCAAGGCGUGCGGACUGCGGGAACCCCACCCGGACUCUUGCUGGGAAGAGGCAUGCGGGCCUUUCUGCUGCUGCUGUGGCUUGCAGCCCGCGGAGACGCGCUCUAUUUCCACAUCGGAGAGACAGAGAAGAAGUGCUUUAUUGAGGAGAUUCCGGACGAGACCAUGGUCACCGGACAUUACCGGACGCAGCUGUAUGACAAACAGCGGGAGGAGUACCAGCCAGCCACUCCUGGGCUAGGCAUGUUCGUGGAGGUAAAAGACCCCGAGGACAAGGUCAUCCUGGCUCGGCAGUACGGCUCUGAGGGCAGGUUCACGUUCACGUCCCACACCCCUGGGGAGCACCAGAUCUGUCUUCACUCAAAUUCCACCAAGUUCUCCCUCUUUGCUGGAGGCAUGCUGAGAGUCCACCUUGACAUCCAAGUGGGCGAACAUGCGAACGAUUAUGCAGAGAUUGCGGCCAAAGACAAGCUGAGUGAGCUGCAGCUGAGAGUCCGACAGCUGGUAGAGCAAGUGGAGCAGAUCCAGAAGGAGCAGAACUACCAGCGGUGGCGAGAGGAACGUUUCAGACAAACUAGUGAGAGCACCAACCAGCGAGUGUUGUGGUGGUCCAUCCUGCAGACUCUCAUCCUCGUGGCCAUUGGCGUCUGGCAGAUGCGGCACCUCAAGAGCUUUUUCGAAGCCAAGAAGUUGGUGUAGCUGUCCCAAGCCUCAAGGGCAGUUUUUUUCCAGGCUGUGGAAAAUGGACCUGUAAUCAAUUCCUCUCUGGGAGGGGGACUGGUUUUCAGCCAUAGAUAUUUCUGGAGGGGAGAGGGACUGCAAGCAUGUCACCAUUCCUCAGGCUCAGGCUGAGGACAGCGUCUUGGCUGGCUAAUGCUGGACAGGUGGUGUGACAAGCCCUCCCCACCUGCCCCUCUGGACCUUCUGCAGUAAUCACUCAGGGGCUGGUGAUGCCCUUGGUGUCUUAGAAUCUCAGUGUUACUGAUGAGGAAUGCGAGGCUACUGUGUGGGGUGGGUUGUGGGAGGGAAGGGGGUGGACCAGCGAGCUGAUUUUCCUUCUGUCUUCCUUUGCUAACAUGGGAUUUUGAGCAGGUCAGGGUAUAUCAAUGAUGACUCCUUGCUAUUCUAGAACCUUUGCUUUUUUUUUUUUAACCUUUGGCUUAGAACCAGCCUGCUAAUCUAGGGUGUGUCUGUGUGUCAAUUUAAGGAUGUGGAGGGGUUGCAAUGUAGGGAAGGGGCCCAGAGGUUGAUCUUAGUUUCUUACAGUUGUCCUUUCUGGGGCUUGAGCAACUGGUAUCAAACCAAGCAGAGAGUUUGGUGCUGGUUAGAGAGAGCCUGCAGAGUUCUGGUUACUGAGUUUAUUUUCAAUGAAUUUGGGGUUGUUACAUUGGUUUCCCAAUUAAAAGAAGAAACACAGAC